CUGGUGAUUCUGCAGACGGCCCAGUCAUCAUGGCUCAUGCUACUGUUUGUGUGGGAUUUACUCUUUCUCAAUUACUGAGAGGUGCGAGCAGAAUAUUUCCCACUCCUUCUGCAUCGGUGGGUUUGAGGCACUCUGCUUUUUGUUACUGCACAGCAAACGGCACAAUAAAAUCAAAAAGGAAAAUGGAUCAUCUAGAGAGGACAGCAAAUAAUUUUCGCCAGGAGGUAAUUUCACAAGCAAAAGUGUGUGGAAUCACCAACGAAUCUGAGACAGUCAAAAGACUUCGUCUGGCUAUUGCAAAUAAAGAUUUUACUUUCAAAGCAGGACAGUGGGUUGAUUUCUUUAUUCCUGGAGUAUCUGUAGUUGGGGGAUUCUCAAUAUGUUCAAGCCCUGGCCUGCUGGAAAGAGAAAGAAUCCUAGAGCUGGCAGUUAAGCACACUGCUCAUCCUCCUGCUCACUGGAUUCACACUGAGUGUACUCUUGACUCAGAAGUGGCUCUUCGAGUGGGAGGUGAUUUCUUCUUUGAUCCUCAGCCUGGUGACUCCCCUGUAAAACUAGUGCUGAUAGCAGGGGGUGUUGGAAUUAACCCAUUGUUUUCUAUACUGCUGCAUAUAGCAGAUCUUCAUGGAUACCAAGAGGGUAAAGGAAAUGGAUACAAAAUGGGAACAGUGAAGCUGUACUACAGUGCAAAAAAGACAAGCGAACUCUUAUUUAAGAAAAAUAUUCUCAGUUUGAUGAAUGCGUUUCCUGGAAAGAUCAUGUGUCGUUUCCACGUUACCCAGCAGAGCUCACAGAUCUGUAAAGAACUUCAGCCACAUGUUACAGAGGGAAGAAUAUCUGAGAAGGAUCUAGAAAAACAUGUAUCUAAGGAUACUUUAUGGUACAUCUGCGGUCCACCUCCAAUGAUAGAAUCUAUAUCCAAACUACUGUCUAACAUCGGUGUUCCUAGAAACUGUGUUUUCUUUGAGAAAUGGUGGUAGUGACACAAGCUGAACAGAAAAUAUAUUAUUUGAUUACACUGUAUUUUCACAAGCUAAAAUGUACAGGAAUGGACUGUGAAUUAUUUGGAGAUUUUACUUCGUAUAUGAAGAUGUCUUCAGUCAUAAUGGUGUUCCUUUAAUUUACCUAUAAUACACCUGUAAUACCAUGCUGCUGCUUUUUGGGAAAGAAAGUGAUCUUAUAUUAAAGG